GUUUACCCGCGUUUGUUGAACAGCCCACUUUGUUUGGCGGGAUUGAGUUUGGAGGCAGCUGCUUCAUCAUCUAAUCGGCAAAAUGCAGUUUGGUAGCAGAAGAAAGAAGAUUGACACCAGCCCUCAGACGGAGCUCUAUGGACAUGCUCUGCAGUUCUAUGUGCAGCCUCCGCUUGAAAACAUCUCUCUCUCUGAAUUUGAGACAUUUGCUGUGGACAGAGUGAAAUUGUUGAAGACCAUUGAGAAUUUGGGAGUGAGCUACGUGAAACUGUCAGAAGACUACAAAAAGAAACUGUGGAAUGAGUCUAGAAACCUGAACUUUCCUUACAAACUAGAGGCUUCUGUCAAGGAUGAAAAAAAGUCUCAGAUUGGACAAGAUGAAUAUGAGAAACGAAGAAAGGAUCAUAUCUCCCACUUCAUUCUCAGGCUCGCCUACUGCCAAACGGAAGAUCUCAGGCGGUGGUUUAUACAGCAGGAAGUUGAUCUUUUCCGCUACCGUUUCGAUGGCAUGCUUUCAGAUCAAAAACGUGAAUUUCUGCACAGAAAUAAUCUGCAAUAUAACACAAUUACUGUCGAGGAGAAGAAGGCUCUGCAGGAAAAGCUUGUCAUCUCCAGUUACGCCGUCAGUGGAGUCACUGUUGAGAGUCAGGACUUCUACAAAGUUCCCUUUCAAGAUGCCCUGGAUCUAGUGCGAACAAGGAAAGUGUACCUCAAAGCAGGCUACGUGUACAUCCCUCAUCAGGACAUUGUCACCAUUGUUCUCAAUGAUUUUCGCACAAGGCUAUCUAAAGCUCUCGCGCUGACUGCCCGCUCACUACCAGCAGUGCAUUCUGAUGAACGUCUCCAACCGCUCCUUAACCACCUCAGUCAUGCCUAUGUGGGACAGGAUUACAGCAUCCAGAAGAAUGUUGGGAAAAUCUCCUUGGAACAAAUUGAUUCACUUUCAGGAAAGUCGUUCCCGCUGUGCAUGAAGCAGCUCCACCAGUCACUGAGAGAGAACCACCAUCUCCGCCAUGGGGGACGUAUGCAGUACGGCCUCUUCCUCAAAGGUAUCGGCCUCUCUCUGGAGCAGGCGCUGCAGUUCUGGAGGUCAGAGUUCACCAGAGGGAAAGUGGAUGCAGACAAGUUUGACAAAGCAUAUGCCUACAGCAUCCGCCACAUGUUUGGCAAAGAAGGCAAGCGAACAGACUACACCCCCUACAGCUGCAUGAAGGUGAUUUUAUCAAACCCACCCAGCCAAGGCGACCAUCAUGGAUGCCCAUUUCGCCACAGUGACCCAGAGCUACUGAAGCAGAAGCUUCAGUUCUACAAAGUGUCUCCCAGUGGAAUCAGUCAGAUCCUGGAGCUGGUUAAAGGAAUGCACUAUCAGCUGGCAUGCCAGAAGUACUUUGAGCUGACUCACAAUUUUGAGGACUCCAAUUUUUCGCUCAACCACCCCAACCAGUACUUCAUAGAGAGCCAGAGAGUUUUGGGCGGCGGCAAGGAUAUUAAGCGAGAGAUGGAGGCUCCACAGAGGUUGCAGGAAAACUCUGCUGCCAAAGGAUCCACUGCAGCACGAGAAGCAGCAGCAAACGCCCCCCAGGAUUUGGCCGAGAUGACGGAGGAGCUGGACUCUUUCUUUCAAGACGCCUGAUUUUUUUUUUUUAAAACAUUUUUUUAAUUCUUUUUUUUUCUUUCUUUCUUUUUUUUUUUUUUUACUUUUAUACAUGUAGAAAUAAAUGUCUGUCUUUUCUAUGAGGGAUGAAGGUGGGUGGGGGGCGGGGUCCAUAUUUACAUGAUUUGAAGACUCUGUUUCUGACAUGUAUUAAAGUUGCAUAUCAGUAAUCUUUCAAUGAUCGAGUCCACUUUAAAACACAGCAGGGUCUGAGUUAGCCUCUAAGCGACAUCUUCUUAAUCUCAGCAUUACAUUUUCUACCUGAUCAAAUUCCUUGUUAGCGUCUGUGAGGCUGCAUCAUUCAUUUUUGCCGUUUAACCCAUGCGUUAAAAGUAGUCUCUUGGUUUGUUUUCUUUCUUUGUUUUCACUCUGGUCUGGACUCAGAUGGCUUAUACCCAGUCUCAGUGCACAGUGUUUUGGCAGGGACGCAGUUUUGGGGGUGAUGACUAGAACAUUUCCCAGCUGUCUCAGAAACAAUGUCAUUGUAUUUGCUGGCAGGAGUAUGGAUGAAUGGUGGCAGGAGGAUGGAUGAAAAUAAAUAAUUUCCACAGUUGUA